AUGGGUGAUCAAGAAAACAACAAAAAUGUGGAACAAAUAGUAUUUACAAAAGCCCAAGUUGACGAGAUUGUUGCAGCCGUGCCUAGACGAGUCAGAGAGUCUCAAUCAGGCGAAGCAGAACAGAGAAGCAAAGGAUUCGAUAUCCCCACCGAGAUUAUCGAAGAAUUGGACGGUUACAGCUCCUUUGAGCUUGUCAAGGCUCUUCAAAAGUUCAAGCGGUCAGUCCCUCGAUACAACAAGGAAGACUGGAACACUCCCAAAAGUACAAACCUAAACUUCGUCACCCAACUCAAGCUAUGGAAAAUUGAUUCUUUACCAAUCGUUUCCACCAUUUACAAACUUACAGAAAUUACAAGAGUUCAGGCGAGAGCAGCAGCUGAAAUCUACGAAAGCCUCCGAUACAUCAUUUAA